UUCGAUUAUCUUCAGAAGAUUAUAAGUUUAUUAUGCAAUAUCAAGAUGAAAAACCUAAAUCUGACGUUUUAAAGAAGUUAAGAGAAAGAUAUUCUAUGACAAAUAACUGUUUUUAUAAAAUUUGGAGAGAACAAGAAGAUAGUAUAGUAGAAUGGCAUCAACCUAUAUCAAAUUCAAUGGUAUCAAUAAGACAGGAUUUAUCUAUACUCGAAUCGCACUUACCAGAUAUUAAUCAAGUUAACAUAGCUAAAAAUUCUAGCUCCUUUAAAGUUGCUUCCAGCAAUAAGCAGAACUCGAUACUUCUAACACAUCAAAUCGAUGAAAAUACUUUGCAUUUGAAUUCUAUUGUUACUUCUGAUAAGCGGAUUAAAAAUAGAAAACCAAGAUCUAGGGGUAUAGCCCUAUUGCAAAGCAAUAAAUUUGUACUAAUUUCUGAUUCAUUUAAUAGCGGAACUAGUGCAAGGCACAUAUUGUCAAUAAGAGUGAUAUAUCCAAUACCUUAA